AUGAUAGAUUUUCCCUAAGAUUAUGAUUACUUAUUUAAAAUAGUAUUAGUAGGCGAUCCAAAAGUAGGAAAAAGCUAUAUUUUAUCAUAGUAUAUAAGAGAAGAUUUUGACCUUGAAAACAAGGACACUAUUGGAGUUGAAUUUGACUAAAAAUUCUACCCCACUAUGCCUGGAUAGGAUAAAAUUUUAGUAUAAUUAUGGGAUAGCGCAGGAAAAUAUGGAUUUUUAUAGAAGUUACCUUCUUACUUUAGAGCUUCCACAGGAGCUUUGCUAAUUUUUGAUGUGACAAAAAAAGACUCUUUUCUUAAUUGCGAAAAAUGGUACAAUACAAUAACAUCGCUAGCAGACCCACAUAUUCAAAUAGUUUUAGUCGGAAAUAAAACAGACUUAAGCAAUUUAAGAAUAGUUUCAAGACAAGAAGCAGAAGAUUUUGCAAAAUAAAGGAAUAUUAAAUACAUAGAAGUUAGUGCCUUAACUGGAAAUAAUAUAGAUGAAGCAGUUGGAAUUGUUGUUGAAGAUACCAUGAGACUGAUUAGAUCAAAUAGUUACAAUGUUUCUACAAAUAAAAAUAUUUUGCUUAAACAUAGAGUAGAUGUAUCAUAGAGAAAUUAAUGCUGUGGAACUGGAGGAAUGGUUUGA